AUGGCUCGAAAACACAACAGUCGAAUCCAGAAACAGCUCGUUAUCAUUGGAGACGGAGCUUGCGGCAAAACAAGUUUGCUUAUUGUAUAUUCCCGUGACCAAUUCCCGGAAUACCAUCUUCCAACGGUGUUUGACACAGAAGUCAAGGAAGUCGAAGUGGAUGGCAAACCAAUCGAGCUUUCUCUAUGGGAUACAGCAGGUCAGGAAACGUUUGAUCGCCUGCGCACACUUGCUUAUCCUGACUCGGACGUUAUCAUAAUCGCUUUUUCGAUUGGAGAACCGGAAACGUUGGAGAAUAUCCCGGAAAAGUGGGUACCCGAAGUAAAUCACUUUGCCUCUGGAACACCGUACUUGUUGGUUGGCUGUAAAAAGGAUUUGCGAACAGACCCAGCAACAGUGGAACAGUUGCGAAAAGAGCAACAAACGCCAGUAUCCUAUGGAAGGGGGUUGAGCAUGGCGCGUGAAAUUGGCGCAUUGGAUUACAUUGAGUGUUCUGCAAAAUUAAACGAAAACGUUGAGGAUGUGUUUGAUGCCGCUGUCCGAGCAACAUUGAUAAAGCGAUCCAAGUGGCGUUGCAAUAUUCUUUAA